GCGACACUCUCAUCGUUGAAGAGGAUACGACCCACCCCAAGGCUGACUCGCCCGUAGUUGCAAAAAGAACGAUGCCCAACUCGGUGAGGGAAACGGUGCCUGUGCUUGCCAGGAGGGUGGUCCCGGCAGAUAACUCCUGUCUCUUCACCAGCGUCUACUACGUGGUGGAGGGAGGCGUUUACGACCCGGGUUGCGCUCCUGAGAUGCGCAGCCUUAUAGCCCAGAUAGUAGCAAGCGAUCCCGAGUCUUACUGUGAGGCAGUUCUAGGGAAAACGAACAGGGAGUAUUGUGACUGGAUCAGAAGGGAAGAGACCUGGGGAGGAGCCAUCGAAGUGUCCAUUUUAUCCAAAUUUUACCAGUGCGAAAUCUGUGUGGUGGACACACAGACAGUCAGGAUCGACCGUUUUGGGGAAGAUGCCGGUUACACGAAGCGGGUCCUUUUGAUUUACGAUGGGAUUCAUUACGAUCCACUCGAGCGUAAAAUCCCCGACUCGGACGUUCCUCCCCAGACCAUUUUCUCCACGACUGAUGAUGUUGUUCUUGCACAAGCGUUGGAGUUGGCGGAUGAAGCCAGGCGGAAGAGGCAGUUUACCGACGUGAAUCACUUUACGCUGAGGUGCAUGGUGUGCCAGAAGGGACUGACGGGACAAGUGGAAGCCAGAGAGCAUGCCAAGGAGACUGGACACACCAACUUCGGAGAAGUGUGA